UCACACCGAGCCCCCCCGGCCUCGGCGGCGGGGGCGGUUUGGGGCGGUGGGAGCGGCGCACGCCGAGGGUCCCCCCGGCCCCCCGCCCCUCACCCGGCCAUGGCGUCCCCGCUGAGGGAGGACGAGGAGGAGGAGGAGGAGAUGGCGGUGUCCGAGGGGGACGAGGAGGACGACGACGAGGAGGACGACGAGGAAGAGGAGGAGGAAGACGCCGCCGCCGCCGCCGCCGCUGCCGCCGCGCUCUUGGCCGGGCACCGAGGGCCCCCCGACAUCUUCGCCGGGCCGGCCCCGGCCCCGAGUGACCGCCCCGAGCCCUUCAGAGAUUCCCCGAGUGACCGCCCCGAGCCCCUCAGUGCCUCUCAGAGGUAUCACCGGGACCCCCCGAGUGACCACCCCGAACCCCUCAGAGAUUCCCGCAGUUACCGGGAGCCCCGAGCCCCUCAGCGCUUCCCGGGGGUACCGGGACCCCCCAAGCGUCCCCCCGAGCUCGCCGCCACUCGAGCCCGGCGCUUCCCGGGGCCGCCCCCCGAGCUCCCCCUUCCCGCUCCCUCAGCGCUUCCCGGAGGCGCCCGCAGGUACCGAGCCCCCCCGGAUCCUCACCCGUCCCCUCAGAUCCUCCCGCAGGUACCGAGUCCCCCCGGUCCUCACCCGUCCCCUCAGAUCCUCCCGCAGCCACCGAGCCCCCCCGAUCCUCACCCGUCCCCUCAGAUCCUCCCGCAGGUACCGAGUCCCCCCGGUCCUCACCCGUCCCCUCAGAUCCUCCCGCAGCCACCGAGCCCCGCUGUCCCCUCAGCUCCUCCCGGAGCUUCCCGCCGGUACCGGGACCCCCGAGACCCGCGGUCUGCCCCCACUCCCUCAGAGAUUCCCGGGGCCGCCACAGCUGCCGAGGCUCCCCGAGCCCCACUGUCCCCUCAGGGCUUCCCGCUGGUACCGGGACCCCCUGAGCCCUUUGAGCCGAAAUUUCCCAUCAGUGCUUCCCGCCGUGUUGAGAAUUGGUACAUCUGGAUGACAGAGCUCACAAAAAUGCUCAAAAUGGGAAAAAGGGGGGAAAACACCCCAAAAAUGGCAGGAUCGGGCCCGCAGGGGCUCGGCCCCAUCCCCGCCAGCGGCCGCGUGUCCCCGGCAACACCCCCAGAUGGUGACGAGGAGCUGCUGCGGGGCCUCAAGGGGGCCCUGGGGGUGAAGAAGAAGAAAAGGGGCCCCCGGAAACAGAAGGAAAACAAACCCGGAAAACCCCGGAAACGGAAAAAACUGGUGAGCGAGGAUGAGCUGGAGUCGGAGAGGGACGAGUACCCCCGCGAGGAGUACCGGGAGAAGUCGGAGAGCGGCGGCAGCGACUCGGGCGGGGCGGCGCGGAAGCGGCGGCGGAAGCACCGCGAGAAGAAGGAGAAGAAAACCAAGAGGCGGAAAAAGGCCGAUGAUGAGGGGGGACAGAAGGUCAAGGCCGUGGAGCAGAAAUCCUCGGCGCAGCUGCUGGGGGCCUGGGGGCUGGAGGACGUGGACCACGUCUUCACCGAGGAGGAUUAUCACACCCUCACCAACUACAAGGCCUUCAGCCAGUUCAUGAGGCCCCUGAUCGCCAAGAAGAACCCCAAGAUCCCCAUGUCCAAGAUGAUGACCAUCCUGGGGGCCAAGUGGAGGGAGUUCAGCGCCAACAACCCCUUCAAGGGCUCGGCCGCCGCCGUGGCCGCCGCCGCCGCCGCCGCCGCCGCCGCCGUGGCCGAGCAGGUGUCGGCCGCCGUGGCCGCCGUGGCCCCCGAGGCGCCGCCCCCGCCCCUGCGCAAGGCCAAGACCAAGGAGGGCAAAGGCCCCGGGCACAAGAAGCGCAGCAAGAGCCCGCGGGUGCCCGAGCUGAAGAGGAAGAUGAAGGGCAGGAAGAUGGCCCCGCUCAAGAUCAAACUGGGAGUACUGGGAGGCAAACGCAAGAAGAGCAGCUCGAGCGAGGACGCGGGCGAGGCCGAGGAGGAGUCGGACGCCGAGAGCCCCGGGGUGCUGGGGGCCACCCCCCGCCCCGACCCCACCACGCGCCUCAAGAAGCUCAAGAGGGGCCGCCCCGGGCGCAAGAAGAAGAAGGGUGAGCGUCCCCGAGCGUCCCCGGGUGCCACCACCGCCACCCCGCUGGGCGAUGGGGACGGCCGGGUGACGUCCCCGUGUCCCCUCCCCCGUCUCUCCUUGCAGCCCCCGGCGCCGGGCCGGGCCGGGAGCGCGGCCCCGCGGGGACGGGCGUGGCGCCCGCGCACGUGCCCGGUGCUGAAGGGGCGCGUGCAGAAGAUCCUGUACUGGCGCUGGGGGGAGCCCCCCGCCCCCGUGGCCCCCCCCGGCGCCCCCCAGGCCCAGGAGGGGCCCCCCCAGGCCCUGCAGGGCCGCUCCGAGCGCGAGUUCUUCGUCAAGUGGGUGGGGCUGUCCUACUGGCACUGCUCCUGGAUCAAGGAGCUGCAGCUGGAGAUCUUCCACCUGGUGAUGUACCGGAACUACCAGCGGAAGAACGACAUGGACGAGCCCCCUCCCCUGGACUACGGCUCCGGGGACGACGACCCCAAGAGCGAGAAGCGGGGGGCAGGGGGGGACCCCCUUUUCGGGGGCAUGGAGGAGCGCUUCUACCGCUACGGCAUCAAACCCGAGUGGAUGACGGUGCACCGCAUCAUCAACCACAGCGUGGACCGGAAGGGGCAGUACCACUACCUGGUGAAGUGGCGGGACCUGCCCUACGACCAGGCCACCUGGGAGGAGGACGAGAUGCCCAUCCCCGACUACGACCUGCACAAGCUGGCCUACUGGAAGCACCGGGAGGUGUUCAUGGGGGAGGACCCGGCCCAGCCGCGCCGGUACAAGAAGAAGAAGAAGGAGACGCCGGGGGAGGGGCCCCCCGACUCGCCCACCAACGACCCCACGGUGAAGUACGAGACGCAGCCGCGCUUCAUCACGGCCACGGGCGGCACGCUGCACCUGUACCAGCUGGAGGGGCUGAACUGGCUGCGCUUCUCGUGGGCGCAGAGCACCGACACCAUCCUGGCCGACGAGAUGGGGCUGGGCAAGACCAUCCAGACCAUCGUCUUCCUCUACUCGCUCUACAAGGAGGGCCACACCAAGGGCCCGUUCCUCGUCAGCGCGCCGCUCUCCACCAUCAUCAACUGGGAGCGCGAGUUCCAGAUGUGGGCGCCGGCCUUCUACGUGGUGACCUACACUGGGGACAAGGACAGCCGCGCCAUCAUCCGCGAGAACGAGUUCUCCUUCGACGACACCGCCAUCAAGGGCGGCAAGAAGGCCUUCAAGAUGAAGCGCGAGGCGCAGGUGAAGUUCCACGUGCUGCUGACGUCCUACGAGCUCAUCACCAUCGACCAGGCGGCGCUGGGCUCCAUCCGCUGGGCCUGCCUGGUGGUGGACGAGGCCCACCGCCUCAAAAACAACCAGUCCAAGUUUUUCCGGGUGCUGAACGGGUACAAGAUCGAGCACAAGCUGCUGCUCACGGGGACGCCGCUGCAGAACAACCUGGAGGAGCUCUUCCACCUGCUCAACUUCCUCACGCCCGAGCGCUUCAAUAACCUGGAGGGGUUCCUGGAGGAGUUUGCCGACAUCUCCAAGGAGGACCAGAUCAAGAAGCUCCACGACCUGCUGGGCCCCCACAUGCUGCGGCGCCUCAAGGCCGACGUCUUCAAGAACAUGCCGGCCAAGACGGAGCUGAUCGUGCGCGUGGAGCUCAGCCCCAUGCAGAAGAAGUACUACAAGUACAUCCUGACGCGCAACUUCGAGGCGCUCAACUCGCGGGGCGGGGGCAACCAGGUGUCGCUGCUCAACAUCAUGAUGGACCUCAAGAAGUGCUGCAACCACCCCUACCUGUUCCCCGUGGCUGCCAUGGAGUCCCCGAAGCUGCCGAGCGGCGCCUACGAGGGCGGGGCCCUGAUCAAAGCCUCGGGGAAGCUGCUGCUGCUGCAGAAGAUGCUGCGCAAGCUGAAGGAGCAGAACCACCGCGUGCUCAUCUUCUCCCAGAUGACGAAGAUGCUGGACCUGCUGGAGGAUUUCCUGGACUACGAGGGCUACAAGUACGAGCGCAUCGACGGCGGCAUCACCGGGGCCCUGCGGCAGGAGGCCAUCGACCGCUUCAACGCGCCGGGGGCGCAGCAGUUCUGUUUCCUGCUGUCGACGCGGGCCGGGGGCCUCGGCAUCAACCUGGCGACGGCCGACACCGUGGUCAUCUUCGACUCGGACUGGAACCCCCACAACGACAUCCAGGCCUUCAGCCGCGCCCACCGCAUCGGCCAGGCCAACAAGGUGAUGAUCUACCGCUUCGUGACGCGGGCCUCGGUGGAGGAGCGGAUCACGCAGGUGGCCAAGCGCAAGAUGAUGCUGACGCACCUGGUGGUGCGCCCGGGGCUGGGCUCCAAGGCCGGCUCCAUGUCCAAGCAGGAGCUCGACGACAUCCUCAAGUUCGGCACCGAGGAGCUCUUCAAGGACGAGAACGAGGGGGACAACAAGGAGGAGGACAGCAGCGUCAUCCACUACGACAACGAGGCCAUCGCGCGGCUGCUGGACCGCAACCAGGAUGCCACCGACGACGCUGACGUGCAGAACAUGAACGAGUACCUGAGCUCCUUCAAGGUGGCCCAGUACGUCGUCAGGGAGGAGGACAAGAUCGAGGAGAUCGAGCGGGAGAUCAUCAAGCAGGAGGAGAACGUGGACCCCGACUACUGGGAGAAGCUGCUGCGGCACCACUACGAGCAGCAGCAGGAGGACCUGGCCCGCAACCUGGGCAAGGGCAAGCGCGUGCGCAAGCAGGUCAACUACAACGACGCUGCCCAGGAGGACCAAGACAACCAGUCCGAGUACUCGGUGGGCUCCGAGGAGGAGGACGAGGACUUCGACGAGCGGCCCGAGGGCCGGCGUCAGUCCAAGCGGCAGCUGCGGAACGAGAAGGACAAACCCCUCCCCCCACUGCUGGCCCGGGUGGGCGGCAACAUCGAGGUGCUGGGGUUCAACACGAGGCAGCGCAAGGCCUUCCUCAACGCCGUCAUGCGCUGGGGGAUGCCCCCCCAGGACGCCUUCACCUCCCAGUGGCUCGUGCGGGACCUGCGGGGCAAAACCGAGAAGGAGUUCAAGGCCUACGUGUCCCUGUUCAUGCGGCACCUGUGCGAGCCGGGCGCCGACGGCUCCGAGACCUUCGCGGACGGCGUCCCCCGGGAGGGGCUGUCCCGGCAGCAGGUGCUGACCCGCAUCGGCGUCAUGUCCCUCGUCAAGAAAAAGGUGCAGGAGUUCGAGCACAUCAACGGCCGCUGGUCCCUGCCCGAGCUGGCCCCUGAGCCCAGCGCCGACUCCAAGCGCUCGUCCCGCGCCUCCUCCCCCGCCAAGACCGGCCCCCCCAGCCCCGAGCAGAGCGGCCCCCCCAGCCCCGCGCCCCCCACGCCCGCCACGCCGGCGCCCAGCGAGCGCGGGGACGGGCCAGGGCCACCCCCGGACAGGGACGAGGGUGACACCAGGGACGAGAAGGAGCCCAAAGGGCCCGAGAAGAUGGAGACAGAUCCCCCUGUCCCCGAGGUGCCACCGUCGCCGGGCGAUGGCAGCGAGGCCGAAGGGCCCCGCAAGGGGGACGAGGAGGAGGGGCCCGGCCACAGGGACCCCGAGGCCGAAGGGGCCCCGGCCCGCGAGGAGCGGCCAGGGGCUGGGACAGUGACACUGUGUGAGGGUGGCACUGGCACCAGGCUGCUGGCUGGGAUCGUCCUCCACGGCUACGCGCGCUGGACCGACAUCCAGAACGACGGCGCCUUCGGGGUCAUCAACGAACCCUUCAAGGGCGAGGCCUCCAAGGGCAACUUCCUGGAGAUGAAGAACAAGUUCCUGGCGCGGCGCUUCAAGCUGCUGGAGCAGGCGCUGGUGAUCGAGGAGCAGCUGCGGCGCGCCGCCUACCUGAACAUGACGCAGGACCCCGGGCACCCCGCCAUGGCGCUGAACACGCGCUUCGCCGAGGUCGAGUGCCUGGCCGAGAGCCACCAGCACUUGUCCAAGGAGUCGCUGGCGGGCAACAAGCCGGCCAACGCCGUGCUGCACAAGGUGCUGAACCAGCUGGAGGAGCUGCUGAGCGACAUGAAGGCGGACGUGACGCGCCUGCCGGCCACGCUGUCGCGCAUCCCGCCCAUCGCCGCGCGCCUGCAGAUGUCGGAGCGCAGCAUCCUCAGCCGCCUGGCCAGCAAGGGCGCCGAGAGCCACCCCCCGCCCGUGAGUGACACCGUCACCCUGUCACAUUGUCACCGUGUCACCCUGUCACACUGUCACCCUGUCACACUGUCACCGUGUCACCCUGUCACACUGUCACCCUCCUCGAACGGCCCCGCGGUGCUGGUGAAGCGCGAGGCGGAGGCGCUGGAGCGGAAGGAGCCGCCGCCGCGGGGGGGGGAGGUGAUCUGCAUCGACGACUGA